UCAAGGGCGCGGUGGUGGCAGUCAUCGGCGCCGUCGUGGACGUGCAUUUCCACGACGGGCUGCCCAACAUCCUGAGCGCCUUGGAGGUGCCCGGCCGGAACCCGCGACUCGUGCUUGAGGUGGCGCAGCACUUGGGGGAAGGCACGGUGCGGACCAUCGCCAUGGACGGCACGGAGGGCCUGCAGCGCGGCCAGGAGGUCCUGGACACGGGCAAGCCCAUCAGCAUCCCCGUGGGCACCGGCACGCUGGGCCGCAUCAUCAACGUCAUCGGAGAGCCGAUCGACGAGCGGGGCCCUAUCGAGACCACCAUGUUCGCCCCGAUCCACGCCGAGGCCCCCGAGUUCGCCGAGAUGAGCGUGGAGCAGGAGAUCUUGGUGACCGGCAUCAAGGUGGUCGACUUACUCGCGCCGUAUGCCAAAGGAGGGAAGAUUGGUUUGUUUGGCGGUGCUGGCGUGGGCAAGACGGUGCUCAUCAUGGAGUUGAUCAACAACGUGGCUCGUGCGCACGGCGGCUACUCCGUGUUCGCGGGGGUCGGGGAGCGCACCCGCGAGGGCAACGAUCUGUACAAGGAGAUGAUUGAAGGCGGUGUCAUCUCCCUCCAGGACAAUACCUCCAAGGUGGCGCUGGUGUACGGCCAAAUGAACGAGCCACCAGGAGCGCGCGCGCGCGUGGCCCUGACCGGCCUCACCCUGGCUGAGCACUUUCGCGACCACGAGGGCCAGGACGUACUGCUGUUCAUCGACAACAUCUUCAGGUUCACCCAGGCGGGCUCCGAGGUGUCUGCUCUACUGGGCAGGAUCCCCUCAGCCGUCGGGUACCAGCCAACGCUGUCCACGGACAUGGGGGCCAUGCAGGAGAGGAUCACGACCACCAGGAAGGGCUCCAUCACCUCGGUGCAGGCCGUGUACGUCCCCGCCGACGACCUGACGGACCCCGCCCCCGCCACGACGUUCGCGCACCUGGACGCCACUACCGUGCUGUCGAGGGGCAUCGCGGAGCUGGGCAUCUACCCCGCCGUGGACCCACUGGACUCGACGUCGCGAUGCAUGGACGCCGACGUCGUGGGAGAGCUGCACUACAGGACGGCGCGGGGCGUGCAGAAGCUUCUGCAGGACUACAAGUCGCUGCAGGACAUCAUCGCCAUCCUGGGCAUGGACGAGCUCUCCGAGGAGGACAAGCAGACGGUGGCGAGGGCGCGCAAGGUGCAGCGCUUCCUGUCGCAGCCCUUCCAGGUGGCCGAGGUGUUCACGGGGCAGGCGGGCAAGCUGGUGGCCCUGGAGGACACCAUCAAGGGUUUCCAGGAAAUCCUGGACGGCAAAUGGGACCACCUGCCCGAGGUGGCCUUCUACAUGGUGGGAUCCAUCGACGAGGUGUCAGCCAAGGCAGAGACCCUCGCCAAAGACCUGCCCUAGGACGCCGUCGAGGAGCCCCACCGGCUCCACCGCACGCUUGUCCGCGUUCUCAACUCGGGACUGGAGCGAUUUCCGUUCGGCUGUCACCUUGUUCUCCGGGCACGGCGAGCUGUACUUGAGCAGGGCAUCGUUGAA